AUGAUCCAGUAUGACCCCCGUCUCCCCCUUAGCUGUGUCAAAGAGCUAAAAAUCUUGUUCGAAGGUGAGCCCUUGGAGGUAGCAGAGGACCUGUAUUUGAAGUCUAUCCAAGACUCAAGUGACUCAGAUCAAGUAGCAGUGUACUCUACCUUGGUCGUAAAAAAGAAGGAAGUCGGUGAUCAGGUGCUGUUGGUCACGGUGAUCGGAGUGUUAUAUGAGGUCGAAGAUGGCAAACUCCCAGAAUGGGGCUACAACGAACUUCAAGUUGUUCCUGAUCUCUAUACCCAGAAAGUCCGCAUGGCAGUGCGCUCGGACGGGAUCCACCGACAAUAUCUUCCACUAAUCGCCAUCGGUAUCGCUGUAGGAAUAAUCCAAGCACCCUUGGUGAUUUUGAACUUUGAGGAUUAUUAUACUAAUUUCGUCAAGUGGAUCGGAUUUGGGGCUGGCGAAGGCUUCAUCAGUGCGAAUGCUGCAUCUGCAUCUAGUGUUGUAUCGUCGUUGGACGAUAUAUUUGAAGCUUUUAGUUCGUAUUCGUAUGCAACCCACAAGCGGCUGGACUUUUCGAACAUGGCUCCAUCUUGCGACCAAAAAUACCUUGGUCUCCAAAUCCCCAAUGGUUGCGCUAGUGUUGAAUCUCAGGAUUAG